AACCUCCCUGGCGGACCCCCGAAACAGAGGUGUCAUGGGAGUUGAAACCAAGCAGCCAGCUGAGCAAAGCUCCAAAGUCGAAAAGAGGAGCAAAACCAAAAGAAAGCGCGAUCGACAGAUCUUCCUGGCCAUUUGUUGCCAAGUACCUGGGGAAGCCAUGGCAUCGAGCACUGGAAUCUGCGUGCACGAAAAGGAAAUCCUUCGGGACGUUCUGAACGUGUGGGCUCGUGGCGUGCUGCAGGGCCGCUCCUUGCCAUCCGAGGCUCGAGUGCUCAGCAACAUGAGGGGGAAGGAUUUGCCGCUGGACGUCCGAAAGCCAUUGCAACUGCUGCGACGGAGUCUUCCAGUGCGGAAAGGCCACUACACAGUGACUGUAAUCAUGCCAAAAGAGGCCCUUCGACCGGUUGCAGAGCCCUCGCCAAAGCUCAAGGCCAAAGAUGCCAAAGGGCCGAGGUCAUCGACAGCCGAGAAGCCAAAAGCUUCUGUGAAGAAGGAUGCCAAACUGAAGGCAAAAAAUAAGGACAGCAAGGAGAAGGACGGACAGAAAGCAACAGCUGAAAGGACUGAGAACAAUUCAGGCCAGGAGCCCAGAUUGCGGAGCGCAUCGGCAUCCAUGGCCACGUGGCCUUGAGGCGCUGCGGCCUUGGCAGAACUUCUGGAGUGAGAUGCCAUGGCAGGGACGCCUUGCAGAUCUCUGUGAGCAGGAUAGAUUGGGCUCACGGAUGAGUACCUUACAUUGAUGGUUUGUGCUGAGCACUCGUGGUGCUACAGGCUCGAAGCAAAUGGGGUGGACCC